AUCAUUAUGUCCGGAAGAGGCAAAGGCGGAAAGGGACUCGGUAAAGGAGGCGCAAAGCGUCACCGUAAAGUUCUUCGCGAUAACAUCCAGGGAAUCACCAAACCCGCCAUUCGCCGUCUGGCUCGCCGUGGUGGUGUGAAGCGUAUCUCUGGGUUGAUCUACGAGGAGACUCGCGGGGUGUUGAAGGUGUUUCUGGAGAACGUGAUCCGCGAUGCCGUCACCUACACCGAGCAUGCCAAGAGGAAGACCGUCACCGCCAUGGAUGUGGUGUACGCGCUGAAGCGACAGGGACGCACUCUGUACGGCUUCGGUGGAUAAACCGCUCAAAUAAACCAACACAACGGCUCUUUUAAGAGCCACACAACAAUUCACUC